UGUUGUUUAUGUUUGUAUGGAAGUUGCUAUUGGUAUCUUAUGAUUUAAUUGCUAUUUGUACGUAUGAGUUCAUGAGGUGUUAAUCGAAAGAAGUCGAAGUCUUGAGAAAGGUCUUAAAGGAUACUAAUAUGAGUUUCUUAUAAGGUGAUUUUUUUGAAAUGCAUUAUUAAAAUGUCAGAUUCGGAAGAAGAAAGUGUUGGAAAACAAUUAAAAAUUGUUUUUGUUGGGGAACCUAGUGUUGGAAAGACAAGCAUAAUAAGAAGAUUCUGUUAUGACGAAUUUACAAGGCAAUAUAACCAAACUGUUGGUGCGGAUUUUUAUAUACGCCGGCUUUUUUUACCAGGUCGUCAGGAAAUUACUGUGAGAAUUACAGAUGUUGGCGGUAUGGAAUUUAGAGGACAUAUGCUUGGAAAUUAUCUGUUUAAUUCAAAUUUGAUAGUUCUAGUGUACGACAUAACAAAUUCAGUAAGUUUUGAUUGCCUGUCCAUGUGGAUAGAUGCCAUUAGAAAAAUCGUGGAAAAUCCUCCGAUUUGCGCAAUAGUUGGAAAUAAAUGCGACUUAGAACAUCAAAGAGCGGUUCGAUUAGAUAAAACUAAACAUUUUGUUCAAGAUUAUCGAUUAUUUAAUUUUUUAGUGUCUGCGAAAACAGGAGAAGCUGUCAACUCAAGCUUAAUGGAUUUGAUAACAAAACACUUUGGGAUACCUCUAACCCGAAUUGAAAAAGAACACCAAGAAUCUAUAGUUAAAGUUGAGUUAACUACAGCCCCAGCGGACCAAAUGAGACCAGUUGUGCACACAACGAAUUCGUCAGUGUGUUGUUUGCAAUAGAAUCUUCCAUGUUUUUACGUUUUUAAAUAAAUAUUUAAACUGGAUCGUGUUUUAAUUUUGUUUUGUUUAUUUAUUACAAGUAUAUGUUUUGGCUUU